AUGUAUCAGAGCCCGCGGCGGCUCUGCUCCGCCCUGCUGCAGAGGGACGCCCCCGGCCUGCGCCGCCUGCCCAUCCCCGGGCUCCGUCGACUGUCGUCCCCGCCCGCGGUGCUGCUGGUCCCCCGGCCCGCGUCCCCUCGACUCCUGCAGGCGACCCCGGGCGCCGCGGCCCGGCCGUCGUGUGCCGGGUCAGUGUGUUCCAUGGGAAACGGCACAAGCAGACUCUACAGUGCUCUUGCCAAGACACUGAAUAGCAGUGCUGCUGCCGCUCCACACCCAGAGUAUUUGGUGGAUGACACAGAACAUCUGGAGCCGAUCGAUCCCAAGGAGCUUCUCGAGGAAUGCAGGGCUGUCCUGCACACUCGGCCUCCCCGGUACCAGAGGGAUUUUGUGGAUCUGAGAGCAGAUGGCCCCAGUAGCCACCCUCCCAUUAGGGUCAUGCAGUGGAACAUCCUUGCUCAAGCUCUUGGCGAGGGGAAAGACAACUUCGUUCAAUGCCCUGCUGAAGCCCUUAAGUGGGAAGAACGCAAAUGCCUCAUCCUGGAAGAAAUCCUGGCCUACCAGCCGGACAUACUGUGCCUCCAAGAGGUGGACCACUAUUUUGACACCUUCCAGCCGCUCCUCAGUCGAUUGGGCUAUCAAGGCACGUUCUUCCCCAAACCCUGGUCGCCAUGUCUUGAUGUGGAACACAACAAUGGGCCAGACGGCUGCGCCUUAUUUUUUCUCCAGAACCGCUUCAAGCUCAUCAACAGUGCUAAUAUCAGGCUGACGGCCAUGACCCUGAAAACCAAUCAGGUGGCCAUUGCACAGACACUGGAGUGCAAGGAAACAGGCCGCCAGUUCUGCAUCGCUGUCACCCACUUAAAAGCGCGCACGGGCUGGGAGCGCGUCCGAUCAGCACAGGGCUGCGACCUUCUGCAGAACCUGCAGAGCAUCACACAGGGAGCCAAGAUUCCCCUGAUAGUCUGCGGGGACUUCAAUGCAGAGCCCACCGAGGAGGUCUACAAACACUUCGCGUCCUCCAGCCUCAACCUGAACAGCGCCUACAAACUGCUGAGCGCCGACGGGCAGUCGGAGCCCCCAUACACCACCUGGAAGAUCCGCACCUCCGGGGAGUGCCGCCACACCCUGGACUACAUCUGGUACUCCAGACAGGCGCUCAGCGUCAGGGCGGCCCUGGACCUGCUCACCGAGGAACAGAUUGGGCCUAACCGGCUCCCAUCCUUCCACUACCCUUCGGACCACCUGUCUCUAGUGUGUGACUUCAGCUUUAAUGAGGAGCCUAGUGGACUCUUAUAAGGGCUUGUCUGUCUUUUAAUCACAAGAGUCUUAACCAGGGCUGUUUCAGGGAACUUUCUGAAAGAGGAUGAGUUAGUUGAGCAAGGACACAAGUUCCUGUCACUUCACUCUCCGGGGUUUCCAGCAUGCCCCAGGGGAAAAAAAAAAACAUUUGGAAAAGGUGU